GUGACCGAUGACAAUGUCAAUCGCCUAUCGCUGUUGCUCGAGAAACAACAAAAGAGAACAGAGAGAAAAAACGCGUAGUAGCAACUUAAUUAACAAAAUUCGUGGUGAAUGCGCUAGCAUAACAUGGAAGAUGUCCCGGUCAAGAUAGUCGAGCGCUACAAACCACCGCCUGCCGUGUACCACCUGCCGCAGGCGACCCUCAAUAGGCUGUCGCAGUUCCGAGAAGGUUUCUACACGGAUCAUCCGGAUUACCAGUAUGACUGUCAGCUGGAGCGGGCCGUGCUGAGUCAGGCGCAACGAUGGCGCCACCUGCGUCGCCAGCAGCGCGAGGAGCGAGCCAGUCGCCAGGAGCGCCGCAAGGAGGAACGCCAACGGGCGCUGGAGGCGAAGCAGAAGGAGAUGCUUGGAGCAGUUGAUUAUCCUAGUGCGGACGACUUGUCAUCGGAUGAGGACGAGAAGGGGCAGAAGAAGCACGAGCCCGAGCAGAGGGAGGAGGAACAGCAACAGCAGCCACCCCCUCCAAUCACCGCUGAGUCACGCGACUCUUCCCACGAACCAAAGUCAAUAAGUGUGUGUAAUUUUCACAAUAUCUUGCAGCCCACCAUUCUGAGCACCACUCCAGUGGUCAGUCCGCAGACGUUGCACAAGCGGAACAGCUCCCUAAACUACGCAGACUUUGAAUACAAUAUGAACUCUACACCUUUCGACAAUAUCGAGCUGAAGACCAUCAACGAUCUGGACAUACUAGCCCAGGUGUUGCACCAGACACAGCUGGAGAAGCGCAUAGAUCAACAGCAGCAGGAGGAGCAGCAGCAGCAGGCACAGCAGCAGCAGGAGCCGCCGCAUGAGGAUCAUUCCAAGGAGGUGCAAUCCGGCAAUGAAGUGCCAGCUCCGGUGGAGCUAGCAGUGACUACGCUGGCGGAGACCAAAGCGACGCUCGACAGCGUCAAUUUCCAUGUUCACUGUGAUGAUAAUGAGGACACGGGCGAGCCAAGCCACAUUCCAGCCACGGCUCUAUACCCAACGCCAAUGUACAGCGCUUCCGCCCAGCAGCCGCUGCAUAAACCGGAACAUUUCCAGGUGUACCACAUGCAGGGCUACAGUCACCAGCCCCUCUACUCUCCGCAGCAGCAUCCUUACCAACAGUUUAGCAACUACCAAGUCAAUGGAUUCGGGACUCCCAACCAUUUAAAGGCUCCUCCAGCGCCUUCCUCCGUGCUUGCGCUCAGCCAGUCGGAGGACGAGGUGGCCACUAAGUCAAGGAGUGUGCCUGACAUCCUGCGGGAGCUGAAGACGGAGCUGCAGCAGGCGGAGAAGCGUCGUACCCGCCUGCACAGUCACAACGCGGAGCAGCAGCCAACGGUGGAUUUAGCGGUGGACAGAAACUCCUUUAGGGAGCUGGCUGGUCCGGCACAGAAGUUGGCCCAACGGAUCAGUACUAUGGGUUUCCCUUUGGAACGGGUGGCAAAGGUGGUUAAUCUGUGCGGUAUCGAUGAUAAGAAGAUUAUCGAACACCUUAUUCCACUGGGAGAACUUCUGGACCUCGGGUUUGAUGAAUCGAAAAUCUCGGCGGCGCUCCUCAAGUUCAAUAAUAAUAAGGACAAGGCGCUGGACUAUCUAAUCAACUAGUGUAAUUUAGUGGAAACCUUUUGUACGGCCGGCUUUUACCCCCAUGCCCAAACUCCCCAAUCCCUACCCAAUUAGCUUACAAAGAUGACUCCUCUAAAUGUAUAUUUAAUUAUUACAAGUUCUCAAGAGAUAUUCCUUGCUUAAGUUGGGAGUUUAAUGCUUCAGAAUCCUCAGCAGCAGAAUAAAUAUAAGUCCGUAAAAUAAGCACA